AUGCUCGGCAUGUUAAUGUGGCAAUCCGAUGUGAUGAUGAUAGAAUUUUUAAGCUCAUUAAGAAGAAACAUGGCUGAAUUAAGGUCACUGGACGCGGCAGACUGUCCAGAAUGUUCAGGACCUCCACCUAUGUUCCGAUUACCACCCCCGCCUCGGCCACCCUUUCUUAAAGAGGGAACAUUUUGUUCGGAGGCCCCAUUAGCGGAGUUGGAGGAUUGCGGUAAUAUUCCUCUCAUUGAUGUAUCGUACCAUAAUAUUCCAUCGUUACAAAGCACAGCAUUGAUAGUAACAUGCGCGAUUGUUUUGCUUCUAACAACAACAACUGUUUUCGUCGUAUUCUGGAAUUACAUGACAUUCAAAUUAUCACUAGAUCGUUAUAAGCCUCACGAUCUUCAGCAUGAACCGUUUCUUUUAAGCGACAUCAAAGAGCCCUCUCGACCAAGGUUUUUGGCACGUCCUUGCUUCAAUAUAUUCGGACUGUCACGCGUAUGGCAAUGUUUGCCGACUUGCUGUCAAACAUUGGAAGGUCCAGCAGCUAGUCUUAUUCACGCGCCACUGAAAGAAACCAAUGACUCAAGAAGAGCAUUUGUUAAUCAGCAGCCUCAUCCUCAUCAGUAUCGUCAUUAUGCAGUUCAACACACAGAUACUGCAGCAAUGCGCACAGUUAAUUUACAAUCUGAUUUGACUGCUAACCACGAACGAUUCCACUACAAUUGCCGGUCAGUAAGCAACAAUCCCCACAUUAAUAAUCCAAGAGAAAAUAACUCUCAGAUUAAAUCACCCGGAAGACCAUCAGCCAACAGCGAACAUGUUAUGAUGCUUUUAAGCGUUGCAGCACAAUUAACAAAUAAAAAACCACGUUUUCUGUAA